AUGGAUAAUUUAUACGCCAGUGUGGCCAAGGUUCUUGAGUUGACCGUGUCAAAAAAAUCAAGUUUGAGAACUGCUGUGUACAAUCACAAGUUUAAAGUAGGUUUACCUUUUUAAUAUAUUUUCUGAUUCUAGAAUAAGAAACAACUACUCCGUCUAAGCUGUGAAACGUUGAAAUACAGGGCCUAUUUAACAAAGAUCUUGGAAUGUCAAGAUGUUAUGAGGCACAUAAUCAAAUGCGAUAAACUGAACAACCAGAAAGAGUUAUGCUUAAUUCUACUGUACGAACUUGUGUUUGGAAAGGGAGUUUCGUUAGGCGACAAGCAGAUAAAGAGAGCGGUUUUAGGAGCUAAGAAAGAUAUUCUAACCGAGGUAGGUUUACUUCGCAUUUUAAUUUAACUGUUUAGCAUCAAGCUCUCAUGGAUGAUGGAAUAGACCCAGAAAGCAUUGCCAAGACCGAAUCUAUUGUUCUUCCUCGUUAUGGGCGGGUGAAUACCUUAAAGGCAGGAAUGGAUGAGGUUAUAUCUGCGUUGCAAGAAGAAGGAUACGAGUUCCUGGACAAUUCAGACGUCAAAAACAGGACAAAAUUUAAGAAAGCCGUGGAUAAUUUACAGAAAUAUCAAUUCUUUGUUGAUCGUCAUGUUCCAGAAGUUCUUGUGUUUAGCCCAUAUGUUGAUCUUCAUAACAGUCUACUCUUCCUGGAAUCAAAGUUAAUUUUGCAAGAUAAAGCCAGUUGCCUUUCUGCAUUUGUCUUGAAACCGGACGUUGGAUCUGUUUGCGUUGAUGCAUGCGCAGCUCCUGGGAACAAGACGUCACAUCUGGCUGCAUUACUGGAAAAUCAGGGAGAAAUUUGGGCCUACGACAAAGAUAAAUCUCGACUUGGAACCCUCGAGGAACGAAUCGGAGCAUGUGGAGCCACUAUUGUUAUCCCAACCAAUUCAGAUUUCCUCCGCGUUCCUUUAGAAGAUUUGGAAACGGUAUGUCACUUAUGUUUUUUAUCUUAUUUUUAGGUGUCAUACGCAAUCGUGGAUCCCCCUUGUUCCGGAAGUGGAAUGGUAAGACGUGGAGAAUUUCUUGCUGAGGAGUAUAAUGAGAAGCGUAUAAAAGGACUUUCCAACUUACAGUCAAUGCUCCUAAAACAUGCAUUGAAGAUGCCGAAUUUGAGAAGGUUGGUGUAUUCAACUUGUUCAAUACAUGAACUCGAGAACGAAGGUGUCAUCCAAGAGGUGUUGAAUGAGGAUUGGGUGAAGGAUACCUACGAAUUGAUAGACCCCUUGCCUUCGUGGAAAACUCGAGGCAAAGAUGGAUAUGACUUCUCUAAUUUGUGCAUCCGCGCUGAUCCAAAAGUUGAUCUAACUAAUGGAUUUUUUGUUGUUUUAUUCCAAAGGAAAAAUAUUUGAUAGAAAUUGUUGAUUUUAUUUGUUAUAAAUGUUUGCUCGUUUUUUUUGGAAAAACAUCGAGAAUGGUUUGCUUCUUAAUAGAAUAUCUGGAAUUAUUUAUGGUUAUUCAUUUCCUUUUUUAGAAAAUGGCACGAACACGCAAAAUUAAACCAAAGAAAACCAAAUCUUCUGAUGCAACAGUAGUGCAAGGUAAGAUAGAUGCUCGUAACCCUCAAAAUUUUCUUUCUAGCCUUGCCGUUUAACACGGAUAAAGGUCAGCACAUCCUGAAGAACCCCGGAAUUGUUAAUGCAAUCGUUGAGAAAUCGGCUUUGAAGCCGACUGAUCUGGUAAUGGAGGUUGGUCCGGGAACUGGUAACCUCUCAGUUAAGAUCUUGGAGAAAUGCAAAAAGUUGAUUGCUUUCGAAGUUGAUCCGCGGAUGGUAGCAGAAGUUAAAAAAAGAGUGAUGGGAACGUAAGAGUAUCAUUUUACGCACUCCUUUUUCAGACCUUUACAGCACAAAUUGGAAGUGAGAAUCGGUGAUGUGUUGCGUCAUGAUGACUGGCCAUUCUUCGACGUCUGUGUGGCCAACUUACCGUAUCAGAUCUCUUCUCCGUUCGUGUUUCGUCUUCUGCUACAACGCCCUCUCCCUCGCUACGCUGUGUUGAUGUUUCAAAAAGAGUUUGCAGACAGACUUACAGCCGAACCCGGGUCAAAAUUAUACUGUAGAUUAUCCGCUUCUGUACAACUUUUGGCCAAAGUGGAACAUUUGAUGAAAGUUAAAAGAACAGAAUUCAGACCUCCACCAAAGGUUGAUUCGGCUGUUGUAAGAAUCGAACCAGUCAAUCCACCUCCGCAAAUCAAUUACAAGGUUUCUUAAUUUUUUUCGACAUAAUGCUUUAUGUUCUAGGAGUGGGAUGGAUUGCUACGUUUGGCAUUUUUAAGAAAAAACAAAACAUUAUUGGCCAUCUUCCAUCAAAAGCAAGUGAUUGAACUCAUUGAUAAAAACUACCGUACCUUCUGCAGUGUCAAAAAUCAGGUAAACGUUGUGUUGUAUCUUGUAAAUGCAUUUUUUUCUUUUAGGAGAUCGACCCUAUUUUCAAAACUAAAGAGUAUGUGGAAAACGUUCUACGAGAAAGUGGGUAUGCCGAAAAACGAGCACGAGUAAUGAGUGUUGAUGACUUCUUGACAUUGUUGUUGGCCUUCAAUAAGGCCGGGAUCCAUUUUAGUUAA